UAAUAUGUAUACAUAUAAACAUUACAUAUUUACUUUUGAUUCGCUGUGUGCUCCAUUAAGAAUUUUCUCAAAAAUUUCAUUUUUUGUUCUCUAUCGCAAGAAAAGCUACAUUUUAAAACUGAGGUGAUUAGUCGACAAUCUGAAGUAGAAAUUUGCUUGAUAAAUUAGAUAAAUUGAAAAAAAAUGCGUUGUCUUUUCGAUGGGCAGACUGAAAAAUCAAUGUGACGUGAAAAGUGUGGUGAAGAACGUACGGGUGAUUUAUCCUAAAGAGAAACAUCAUAGAGCAAUCAGUCUCUAAAUGCUUAAUAGAAUUGAUUCCAAACUAUUUCUAUGGAUUCUAUUUCUUGUUCAAUUAUUCCUAAUUGGAGCUAUAUUGCGCUUCAGCAUUAUUUCCGGACCACCACACGAUGGAUCGACUUCACAGGAUUCCAACAUUAAAUUCAUUAGUAGGUACGACAGGAAGACACAAAAACUGAAUCAGGAUAUUGAGAAUUUCUCAAUAGUGCAACUGGGAAACUUUACGAAAACUUUUGUAGAAACUCCAUAUACGAAUGUCCUCCGGAGGCAACCUGUAACUUGUUUUCGUGAAGGCACAGUGAUACAGAACGAUGGAACAGUGGGUGUUGAUACAAAUGAUACAGAUGAUGUGCGUUGUCAGUGUCAUCCGGAAUGGCAUGGACCAGAUUGUGGGCAACCUGAAGUUAUUUGGAGAGCAUUUGUUGCAGCUAAAAUUCCCUUGAACUUCACACAAUUUCACCGAGUUCGCCAUCGUAUCAUCUACUUCAUCCAAUCCACAGCAGCUAGUUUGCAAGUGUUGGAAAUCCAAAUUUUGGAGCUCAUUGACAUUGUGGAGCUAUUUAUCGUAUGUGACCUCCUGGAGUCGCUCUCAUUGAGAAAAUUACCUAUCCUCAACACCCACCGUCACAGAAUUAUCCUCAUGCACCACCGAGAAUGCACCGUAGCUGACAUAUAUGGUCAUCUGAUGGAACAAUUGCCAAAAGAUGUAUCCCUUCGGGAUGACGAUGUUAUCGUGUUCAGUCACCUCGAUGGGAUUUUCAAUCGAAGAGCUAUUAAUUACUUCAAAUGGUACGAGAAUUGGCCACAGCCCGUGCGCUUUCGCCACAAAUACAACGUGUUCGGGUUCUUCUGGCAACAUCCCGAUAGCACUGUGGUCAGUGGAUUUGCUUGUUAUCACAGCAUUUUCCAAGACCAUCCCAGCGAAUCGCUAAAUCGUGUGCUAAACCUCGAUAGGGCAGCAAUGAUUGUGGGAGAUUUAAAUCAUUUUGGUGGGUGGUUGUGUAAAUUCUGUGCUCAACCAAUUGACAUUGUGAAACGCCUUGAAUAUGAAUUUCAGCAUGAGCAUUUCUCAUUUGAUAACAAUAAGAAUAAAAUGAUCGACGUGAGCUACGUUCAAAAUCUCAUAGCUCAGGGAUUAUUUGUGAAUGAAGACGUCAAACUCCAGAAAGUCCAGAGCUUUAUCAACAAGUACUACACACCCAAAUAUGUUGAGCAAAAUAGUUGGAAUUUUGACAAUAUCAUCACAAAUAUUUAUGCCCAUUGGGAAGAGGAGAGUGAUGAUGAAUACUUGUAGAUCUUGGAAAAGAUCUAGGAAAGGAAUCUAGUUAAUUAAUUAGCUAGUGCAUUCGAAUACAAUUUAACAUCGCAAUUACAGAUUAAUCAAUCUUUAAAUUUAUAAAACUAAACGAUUACAGCAAGAAGCUAAUAUUGGACUAUUUUUUUUAAUCUAGAAUUAGUUAUUAGUUAGACAUUUUGUUAUGUUUUAUAAAUUAAUUAAGUGAAAAUUAAAUUAAAUGAUUUGUAAAUUGUUUUAUGAAAAAAAUCAGGGUUUUUAUAACGGUAACACUGUUUUAUGGCCAAAUAAAAUAAAUUAAAACAAGUACGAGUAUUAAAAAUAUAUAUAGCAUCAAUUCCAAACACAAUUCUAAAGCCCAAACACAAAAUCAGAAUCAGAAAAUAUAAGGAAUUCUCAAUUGAAAGUUAAAAUUCAGACUAGUAAAAUUAAGUAAUUUUUAUUACUUAUCAGUUUCGAUUUUAGGGCUAAUGAAUGAAACAGACAAAAGUUUAGGAAAAGUUCGGUAUAUAAGACUUUGAAUAUAACUUAUAUCUCCGUAAUGUUCGGCGCUCUAUAAAUAAAUGUUGAAUCUUUGUCCAAUUUUUGCUUCUUAACUGUUUGAUAAUUAUCAAAAAUAUUUUUUUGGAAGAAUCUCAAAUGUUAACGAAAAGCAAAAUUUAUGAUUUUAGAUAAAAAAUUUUUAUCACAAUAUCAAAAUACAAAAACGACUUAUGCAUUUACUACAAGGUAUAGCUUCUUUUUCGCAAAAAAAGCUUCAUCAGAGAAAGAGGAGAAAAAACAACACAGUUCUGUGAUAGUCUGAGAAUUGAUUGGAAACAUAUUUUGAGAGAAAAGAGUUGUCGUGUAACAUUAUCAUGAAAAACAAAAUUUUCUUAUCAAUAUAAUCACACAGGAGCACAAGUCAAUACAGGUUUGAAAGAAAUGAAAAAAAAAAGAAAGUUAAGUGACGUGUAACUAUUUUCUCUUUUUUUAUAGAUCGUAUUAAUCGGUAUACCAUGCCUUAUUUCACAGAAUAAAGAACGAUUGUAAUGAAGACUGUCGAUAGAAUAGUAAAUGAUUUCAUUUAAUUUCAUUAGUACUAAAUUAAGACUGUAAUUAAUACAUACCGAAGGGAUACUAAUAAAGUAACAAAUUAGUGAAUGUUGUAACUUUCAAUAAACUAUAAUAGCUUAAAUAAAAAAUAUAUAUAGAAAA